UCACAAGUAGUUGGACUCAGUAUUAACAAACCAACCAUUACAAAGUGAGAUUUACUGUAAAUGUCAUUGAGAUGAGUUUAAUCAUUAACUUGAUCCAAACACUGUGAUUCUAGUAACAGUAUACAUCUGCCAAGCCGUAAGAGUUCUGUAUGUAUGUUUCUGAUAUAACAAAAGCUGAACAUGAUUACACAUACAUUUGUUGCCUAAAAUGUAAAGGCUGGAGACAUUAUAGUUUUGGUGAUUCAACGUUCUUUGCAUUAUUUAUUCAGUAAAGCAAAUUGUUCUAAAACCCCUAAAUGGUAUUUGAAUAAUAUUCAAAGCAGCUAAGUGUGAGCCAUAGAUGCCACACUAGAUAUGCUUCAAUAAGAUUUAAGGCAAAUAUACAGUUGCAUGGAUGAAUGGAUUAAAAAGAUUUUAUUUAGUCAUUUAUUUCACAGCGGUCAAUAUAACUCCCUGUCUAAAACUACUUUAAAUUAUUUUAAUAAUAAUGCCACAAUAUGUUUUAGAAAUUGCAAAAGUCAAAAUGGCUACAUCUCAGAAUGAAUAUUUGUUAGGUGCACAACACAUGUAUUCAGUAUGUGGAUUCGGCACCUUACUGGGACACAAAGAGACACAGAAAGAGAAUUUUACAUUCACAUUUAUAAGAGUAGUUGAGUAGUCGUAUAAUACUACCUUAUGAGGAGAUUAUGCAUUAAUCCAUAAACAAAAGAACAGGCUCCACAAUAAUAGCUGAGUAACUGAAGUCACUACUGAUGAAGCUCUUUUGCAUGCAUUACAAGAAUUUAAGAUCUCAGUGGUCCUUAGUUUAAUUAAAAUUUGGUUAUUAAAUCAGACUAUAACUUCCUGGCCUUUCUAUAUAGAUUCUCUAUAAAAGGGCAGAUGAAAAUACUGCAUUAGCACAAGUGAAAUUUAAGACCUGAGAUCAUGAGGGAUUAGUGGUGAAAUUGAAGACUGAAUGCAAAGUUACUUACUUAGUAAAGCAAAUCUAAGAGAUUUCCGAUGCAGUUUGAAUAGUACUCAAAUCAGCAUGAUGCAUGAGACACGCUUCAUUUCUCCCGUGCAGUUGCAAAAUAUACAAUGACUGUGUUUCAAAGAAAUAUAUGAGAUAAGUGAUAAGUGACGUGACAUACAGCCAAGUAUGGUGACCCUCACUCAGAAUUCGUGUUCUGCAUUUAACCCAUCCAAAGUGCACACUUAGCAGUGAACACACACACACACACACAGUUGGGGUUUCAGUUCCUUGCUCAAGGGCACCUCAGUCGUGGUAAUGAAGGUGGAGAGUGUGCUGUACAUUAACUCCCUCCACCUACAAUUCCUAUGUACCACAUAUUAGCUUCAGGAAAGUACUAAUGUUCUGUAUGAACCUUAAAUGCAUUUGUUCGAGACACAUUUGAUUUCACCUUCUUGGACUUACAGUUAAAAGGUUUUGUUGAAGUCAGUCAGUGGGAGGAACCAGAGCUAAAUAGACUGAACCAAUCUCAACCUCAAUCUCAACUCUAUGUCCUAUGGAGUAGGAGGCAACCUCAACAUUUAAAUAUGCCUGAUUCUAAUCAUGUGCUUUAUCAAGAGUGGACCUGCUAAUUUAGAGACGGAAAAACAAAAUCAGGAGUGAACAUUACAAGUGAGUUUCAAAAUUGCACUUCAAAAAUACAAUUUUAUGAUUUUGAUGAUAUAAAAGCAUAGAUUUUCUGACUUCUUGCUGGUGUCGACUUUAAUAUUAUUGCUGGUUUAUGUCAUUUUGUGUUAUAAAGAUCUGUAGAAGUGGAAAUUGUUUGUAAUUUCAAAGACAAAUCCAGUGGUGUCCAUAUAUUUAGUGACAAGCAACAAUGUUGCUCAUUCUAUUUCUGAUUCUAGGUAAUACCAUUUCAAGUGCGUCUGAAUCAGUCAGACUGGUAAAUGGCAACAACUCUUGUUCAGGAAGAUUGGAGGUUUUCUAUAACAAUCAGUGGGGAACAGUGUGUGAUGACGGCUGGGAUCUGUCAGAUGCUGCAGUGGUGUGUAGAGAGAUGGGCUGUGGGGAUGCUACUGAGGCAAAGAGUGGUGCUUAUUUCAGACCAGGUGGGGGACAAGUAUCAAUGAGCAAUAUUGGGUGCACUGGAAAUGAGCCUAUGUUGAGCAGUUGCAGCUCUAAGAAAGCGGGAGAGUUUUACUGUGACCAUUCAAAAGAUGCUGGAGUCAUAUGUCGCUCACUUGUCAGAUUGGUGAAUGGCAGUCACUCCUGUUCUGGACGAGUGGAGGUUUUCUAUAACAAUCAGUGGGGAACAGUGUGCAGUAAUGGCUGGGAUUAUUCAGAGGCUGCAGUGAUAUGUACAGAAAUGAGCUGUGGGAAUGUUUUCGAGCAAAGGAUCGGUGGUUUUUUUGGCCAGGGAUCAGGACCGGUAUGGCUUAGUGAUGUACAAUGCUCUAACUCUGAAACUACUCUGAGACACUGCACUUUUCAGGGAUGGGGACAAAACUCAUGUGGACAUGAGAAGGAUGCUACAGUCGCCUGCGACCGCAGAAUCAAGCUGGAAAACGGCUUCAGUGCUUGCUCUGGAAGAGUGGAGAUUUAUAAUCGCUGGGGAAACAAUUGGGUAACUGUGGUUGGUGAUAACUGGGAUCUAUCAGAGGCUGCAGUGGUGUGUAGGGAGAUCGGAUGUGGGGAUGCUAUAGCAGCAAAGGGUGCUGCUUAUUUCGGGCAGGGAAAUAACGGGUAUCCAGUGUGGUUGAAUGAUGUCAACUGCAAUGGCAAUGAGCCCACACUCUUUGCCUGUGAGUCCAAAAAAAUAGAAGAUUUCCAGCUGCAUUACAAGGAUGCUGGUGUCAUCUGCCAAUCUCUUGUUAAGCUGGUGAAUGGCAUUAACUCUUGCUCUGGGCGAGUUGAAGUUUUCUUUGAUGGCCGGUGGGGAACAGUGUGUGAUGACGGCUGGGAUCUCUCAGAUGCUGCAGUGGUGUGUAGAGAGAUGGGCUGUGGGGAUGCUAUUGAGGCAAAGACUGCUGCUUAUUUUGGACAAGGAUCUGGACCCGUAUGGCUAAGUGAUUUACAGUGUGGCAGUUACUCUACUCUGAGAAACUGUAAUUCAAAGGGAUGGGGACAAAACAGCUGUGGACAUGAGAAGGAUGCUGGAGUCACCUGUCAACUUAAAAUCAGACUGGUGAAUGGCAUCUCCUCUUGUUCUGGACGAGUGGAGGUCUUUCGUGAUGGUCAGUGGGGAACCGUGUCUGAUGAUGGCUGGGGUCUGUUAGAUACUGCAGUGGUGUGUAGACAGAUGGGAUGUGGAGAUGCUAUAGAGGCAAUAGGCGGUGCUUAUUUUGGACAAGGUGCAGGACAAAUAUUUAUGGGCAGUGUAAACUGUGUUGGAAAUGAGGCCAUACUCAGUGCUUGUGAAUCACGUAGAACGGGAAUGUAUGACCAUUCAAAGGAUGCUGGAGUCAUCUGUAACCCUUCUCUCAGGUUCAUUGAUGGACACAACUCUUGUUCUGGACGAGUGGAGGUUCUUUUUAAUGGAAUAUGGGGAACAGUGUGUGAUGAUGGAUGGGAUGCAUCAGAUGCUGCAGUGGUGUGUAGAGAGAUGGGCUGCGGGGAUGUGAUCGAGGCAAAGAGCGCUGCUUAUUUCGGUCAGGGAUCAGGACCUGUAUGGAUAAGUGAUUUACAAUGUUCCGACACUGACUCAAGAUUAAGAGAUUGUAAAUCAGGUGGAUGGGGAAGAGGCACUUGUGGACAUGAGAAAGAUGCAGGAGUCAUCUGUAAGGAUAAUGUUAGGCUGGUCAGCGGCACCAACCCCUGUUCUGGACGAGUGGAGGUUCUUCUCGCCGGUCAGUGGGGAACAGUGUGUGAUGAUGGAUGGGAUGCAUCAGAUGCUGCAGUGGUGUGUAGAGAGAUGGGCUGCGGGGAUGUGAUCGAGGCAAAGAGCGCUGCCUAUUUCGGUCAGGGAUCAGGACCUGUAUGGAUAAGUGAUUUACAAUGUUCCAACACUGAAUCAAGAUUAAGAGAUUGUAAAUCAGCUGGAUGGGGAAGAGGCACUUGUGGACAUGAGAAAGAUGCAGGAGUCAUCUGUAAGGAUAACGUUAGGCUGGUCAGCGGCACCAACCCCUGUUCUGGACGAGUGGAGGUUCUUCUCGCCGGUCAGUGGGGAACAGUGUGUGAUGAUGGAUGGGAUGCAUCAGACGCUGCAGUGGUGUGUAGACAACUGGGCUGUGGAACAGUUUUGGAAGUAAAGAAUGCGGCUUAUUUUGGAAAGGGUUCGGGAACAAUUUGGAUGAAUAACGUCAACUGUUUUGGGAAUGAGGCUACACUGUUGAGCUGUUCAUAUGAUGCAACUCCAGACAGAUGUGACCAUGAGAAAGAUGCUGGAGUCAUUUGUGGAGCUGUUAAAGUCCUGUUGAGGGUUGAAGUGAAGGCUACACUUGGAAUCAACCCAAACACUGCUGGAAUCAUAAAUAAACUUUCAGAUGAGAUUGGAAAGAAGCUACGAAUAAACGGGACGUUCUCACUGAAAACUCAGACCGAUGGAAAUAUCUUUCAUAAGAGAAUAGGAGCCGCACCCUGAAAUAUUGGUCAUUUCUGGAAUACAGAGAAGACAACUAGCUAACACUAUCUUAUAGGACAUUGAUUGCUUCAUCCCUCUUUCAGUCUGACCUUUGUAAACAUGACAAUGCUUUUAUAAUAUGCUUGUAUUUUUUUUCUAAUGACAAUGUCAGCGCAAUGUUUUUUGUUUAGACAAGUGUUUUGAUGCUGAUGAAGUAUCUUUGUGUCACAUCCUAACUUGCUUAAUUUAAAUGUAAAAUAUUUUCUAAUCAAUGUCAAUAUUGUACAUAUAUUUUCAGUAUAAACAUGUCUGGAGCUAAAUUAAUUCAAAUAUUAUAACAGUAUGCUUAAUAAUAAUUAAAUCAAUUAAAUUCAGAUAGUUGCAUUAUAAACAUAAAUAAAGUGUGAUUAAAGAA